UGAGAUAAACAUGAUCUGACCCAGGAAGUAAAUGCCAGCAGGGUCAGGAAAGGUCAUGAGGAUCUAUGACAACAUAUAUUUACGCGCAGCAUCGAAGACCCGCGAUGCAUUUACUGGUCUUUCAGGUACAAAAGCUGUGGAAAUAAGAAAGCAGAUCUGUGUUAUACAGUAUUUAGUUUUAAUGCUAAUGCUGAACCUGGUAAAUAUCGCCUGAUCUGCUGAGAAAGGUCUGUUACAGCGAUGUUGUUGUCGCGUCGGAAGAUCCAUGGUUACAACCGGUUUGACAGUACUAGUGUGUGAAUCCAAAGAAACAUGGGUUGUGGGGCAUCAACAAACUAUCAGUAUGAAGUAAACCUUACCUGGGAACAGGUGAGUCGUACCGUGGACACGCCCAGACCCAAGAAGGACAAGCUGGUCCUAAGACAUUCCAACUGGAAGACCGUCCGCAUCUUCGUCUCCUCGACCUUCAAGGACUUUCACUCAGAGCGAGACGUCCUUGUGAAGGAGGUGUUUGCAGACUUGAGACACUGGUGUGAGAAAAGGAGGCUACAUCUUGUGGAGUGUGAUCUAAGAUGGGGGAUUCCCAAGGAUACAACAACAGAGUUUACACUGAGGACAUGCUUAGAGGAGAUCGACAGAUGCUAUGAAGACAAUAUCAUGCCUUUCUUUCUCAACAUGACCAGUGAGAGGUGUGGGUGGAUCCCAGGUGUACAGGAGGUUCCUCCACAGUUUGCGGCAGAAUAUCGCUGGAUCCACGGCUUGUCUGUCACAGAGAUGGAAAUCAUGCAUGGAGCGUACAGGAAAGGCAACCCUAACUCUCUGUUCAUGAUCAGAGAUGGGUCUUUCCUGGAGUCUGUACCUGAGAGGCAUCAUCAAGACUUCAUAGACAUCACACCAGAGGCUCCCUUCAAACUCAAGAUGCUGAAAAAGAUGCUACAAGACAGAUUCGAGGCUAACCAGGUGUGCCUGUACCAGUGUGAGGUCGCAGGGGUCAACUCAGAGGGCAGAGUUCAACUCAAGGGGCUGGACAACUUCAGUCAGAAGGUGUUUGAGUUCUUCACACAAAGGAUAGGGGAGCAGUACCCAUUGGAGGAGAUCCAAACAGACCCGUAUAAACAACAAGAGGAGGCUCAUGAGGCCUACAUGAAGAACAAAGGAGACCUUGUGUUGGGGAGGGACUUUAUACUACAGGAGAUCCAACAGUACAUCACAGAACUGGGAGUGGACUAUCCCAUGCUGCUGGUGGGGGAGGCAGGGUCCGGAAAGUCAGCCAUCCUGGCCAGGGUAGCCGAUGUAGCCACGACAAAGGCUCUGAGCAGGGAGAUACCCGGUGGAGGAGACACUGGCUGGCAUGUGUUCUACCACUUUGUUGGCGCGAUCCCCGGGUCCACUGAUCUGGAGAACAUUCUGAAGAGACUCCUGAGAGAACUGGACAUUGUCAAUGACACCACCAUGCCCAAAGACAUGGAGUCCACAGUACAGCUGACAUGUGGUGUUCUGUCCAGCCGAACCACCAGGCCCACCAUCAUCAUCAUCGACGCUGUCAAUCAGAUGGAUGAAGACCCCCACUCCCAGAGUGUGAGCUGGUUGCCACGGAAACUUGCCCCCCAGGUGCGGGUAGUGUUGUCCAUGAUUGACGGCACCCCUCAGCACCACGCCCUGACGGAGCGGCAGAGGAAACCACACGAGGUCAGGGUGACCGCACUCAGCAAGGAAGACAGAGAGGAAAUAGUGCGAGCCAUGUUAGACAAGUACAACAAGCGGCUGGACCAGCACCAGAUGAACAGCCUGCUGUCCAAGGACUCGUCAGACAACCCCCUCUGGCUGUCCGUCGCCUGCGAAGAGCUCCGCGUUUACGGCGUGUUCGAGAAAGUGUCGGACAAGAUCAACAGUUUAGCUGAUGGUUUGCUUAAUUUGCUAGCUCAGGUACUGGAGAGGUUUGAGAGAGAGUACGGGGGGACGUUACUCGUUGCCACCCUGUGUCUACUGGAGACGUCAGCGAAGGGCAUGCUGGAAGUAGAGCUGCUAAGGCUGCUGGGAAAUGAGAAGGACCUCCUUCCUCCUGAUAAUGGCAGCCAGAUAGAUUGGGAAGCUAGAUCAGACCCUCCAGUCGGCCAGGUAGCACCGGUCAGGUGGGCAGGAGUGUACCGGGCACUCAAGCCAUUCCUCAGGCCGUUUGGGGACAGCGGGGAGGGACGGCUGGACUUCUACCACCGGUCACUCAGUAAGGCGGUCAGGCGCAAAUACUUUGGAUCAGAUGAAGAGGAUGACAGUGCAGACAGCAGCUGGAGGUACAGGUGGUGGCAUCACAAGCUGGCCAACUUCUUUGACUCCUGUGAGAACAUAGACAGACGAGUGGAGGAGUACCCUCACCACCUGGUGCAGCUAGGUGCCCAGAAACGUCUGGCCGAGUGCCUGACAGAGUGGGACAUGUUCGACAAUCUGUACCAUCCUGAGUGGAGUGCACAGCUGCUUUUGUAUUGGAGAAAGGCAGGUGGAUAUGACACAAUGGACAGGCAGUACAGAGAGGCCCUGAACAGGAUCAAACAGGACCCAGAGGUGUCUGUACAGGACGUUGUGCUCAGGCACGAGAAGGUGGCCAGAGUCCUGCUCCAGGCAGGAAAACUAGAAGAGGCGAAGGGUGUUAUCCAGUAUGCAUUAGAGCGAGAGGAGGCAGAGCUAGGAGCCAGGCCUGACAGGAUGACUGAGCUGUACUAUGUAGCCGGGCUUAUUUAUGAUGAGAUUGUCAAAUCUGUAGAAUUUGUCAGCACAGAAACCAUGGAUGACCUUCAACCCUGUAUGGACUACCUGCGGAAGUCCAUCGCCCUUCGUGAGCAGUUAGAAGGAGAUCACCACAAGUAUCAGAGAGCGUUUGCCCUGGUGAAGCUGGCGUUUGCCCUGAAUAACUGGUCUGACUGUGGGGGGGAUGCCAGCUUCUCUCGCUCCAGUGCUGCAGACGAGGGCUUCCAGGUGGUGGGGGAGGCCAUCAGGAUACUCAGGGAGUUAGGAGACAAUGGACAUCUGGCAGAAGCUGUGAUGACUAAAGGUAUCCUCAUGCCUCGUUACAACACUCAAGGCCAGAUGGACCUGUAUGAGGAAGCCUUGGAGCUGAGUAAGCAGGCGUAUGGAGAGAACAACACCCUGAGCUCCAGGAUCUACGGGAACAUGGGCAUCGCUUACGAGACAAUCGGUCAGGUCAGGAAGUCCUACAGGUACUUCCAACUGGCUGCUCAAUGCACAGAGGAGGUGUUUGGCCCGGACCAUCCAAAGACCUUACAGAACAAAGCAGUACUGGAGGAGGACACAUACCUAGCAGUGGCCAGACAGAUCCAACUGGAGGCAGAAAACAGGGGUGUACAGGACGAUGAUGACAAUGAUGGAUUCUUUGAUGACUCAGACAGCGAUGAGGGUAUCGAUGAGGAAGAUAACACAGAAGACAACAAUGUACAGGAAGAAAGGCAGGAGCCACUGUAGGAGGACCAAGACUAUUCAAUUGCUAUCUAUGCAUGUGCAAUUUUUUUUACCAUUAUUUAGGACAGUUGUGAUUGUGUGAGCAAAAGAAGGAACAAGAUCCCAGUGUUGAUGUCACACUUCAGAGAAGCCAUGUGACAAGUCUCACUGGGGCAGUCUAUUAAAGAAGACCAGACUGACUGGUUGAAAGCUCUAGUCCAGUUGAGAACAAUCCCCACUGUUGGAACAAACGUUUUAACUUUAAACAAAAUCUGAACCUUAUGUAUACAAUUAUGUGCAUGACAGAAAAGGUACAGAGGGCCUUCAGAAAAAUUUGGGUAUUUUUCAGAUGUUUUUGGUAUAUUUGGUUUUGGUACACUAAAUUUCCUGUGCAAUGGCAAAUUUGGCACACUUAGAAUAAAGUGUACGGGUGAGUAGGGCCCAGUUACAUGUAGAAAUAUGUACAAAUGUUGUUAGAGGAGAUUUUAAUGCAUUUUGUACCAGAA